AUGGCUUUCUUGAAAAAGGCGACUGAAAAAUUGAAGGAAGUCCAGCUGACAUCGAUGGAAAAGUUUGGCGAGGCGAAAGCCAAGUUCCCGCACUCCCACCAUUCGAGCACCCAGCAUCCAAUUGGCGGCCCGGGCGCAUUCAAUGACCAGCAGGACUUUUACCCGAAUACGGCGGAUAGCGGCUCGGGAGGCGCGGCGAACAACCGGGGCCGAUUUAUAAUCAGGAAUCCGGCCACGGCCCAGCUCGAGGUCGAAGGGACGGGUGAGGUGGUCCGGUUUGCGAGUCUCUGCGCACCCGAUCUGUUCGAUAGCGAAGGCUGGGAAAAGGAAGACACGAUGCGGACGAUCUCUCAGUUCGGGAAAUGGCCGGUGACUCGCACGUAUACCCUCAAGGUUCAGUCGACCCGGAUCUCGAAAGGGCACAUCAACGGAUGGGACCCGGAGGCAGAAGAUUUCAUCUACGACGAGCACAUGUUUGUGUCGAUCGACCACACCAUCGCUUUGGCCGCUCAGUACAACGUCCGACUGAUCAUCCCCAUCAUCAACCAAGACUUCGGCUCAGAAGACACGAAUUGGGUCGGAAACUUCACCGAUCUGAUCCGCCAUCGACGCGGCUGUCGAAAAGACGGCCACGGCCAGGAUUGGUGGAGGGAUGAGGAAUGUUUGGACUCGAUGAAGAAGAUCGUGAGCUUCCUGCUCAACCGAGUCAAUACCUUCACCGGCGUCCGGAUCGGCGACGACCCGACCAUCCUCGCCUUCGAGACCGGCAACGAGAUGAACUGUGGAGGGCUGCGUCCCGCCCCGGGCGAGUGGACCCUCGAAAUUGCCCGUCACAUCAAGAGCCUCGCCCCCAAGGCCUUGGUCAUGGACGGAUCCUUUGCGCGUACCGACGCGAUCGAAUACAGCCACGACCACCAAGCCCUCCGUAGCGACUUGGUGGACAUCAUCAGCUGGCACUACUACGGCUAUGGAGAGAAGAGGCGGGUAGAGGAGGACGUGAAGGCUGCACGCGCACACGGCACGGUGUUUAUCUGCGGCGAGUACGGCUUCUUUGCACAUGGAAAAGAGUUUGAAUCCUUCUUGAAACAUUGCGACCGACACGGCGCCGCGGGAACCCUGGCCUGGUCUCUGCGCCCGCACUCCAUCAAGGGUGGCUUCAAGACCCACGGCGAGGGCAACGAGAUCUGGUCCUACCAUGCCCCCGGCUGGAAGCCGGCCCGUCUGUCCAGCGGCGAGCACCACGAAUGGGAUCAUCGGGAGCGCGACGUCAUCCGGGCCAUCCGCAAGGCCGCCUUCGACUUGACCCACCAGAAGCCCCCGCCCAUCCAGCCUGAAUACCCACCCGAGCUCUUUCUCUGCGACAACGGAAAGAGCUUCACCUGGAGAGGCGUGGCCUGGGCGGAUUACUACGAGCUAUGGACCAGUCCACUCGGUGAAGGCGAUGAGAAAUGGAAGUUCUUCCAGGGCGGGAUUACCGACAACAUCAAGCAAGGCCACCUCAAGUACCAUUCGGCCAACAUCCUGCGGCGCAAGCAUUGCCACAGCCUUCUGAUCACCAUGCGAGCCAUCUCUGCCGACAAGCUUCCCGGCCCGUUCUCUAAACCUUUGCAAAUUGGCUCUUAA